UGCAAGUCAUGUGACGCUGGCUGGAGUCAUAUGACGGAGCAGGACGAGAACUACUUUUAAGUCUUCCGAGCGCCUGUAGUUGCCUCGAGAGCAGUCAUGCUCUCCCGUUUGUUAAAGGAGCACCAAGCGAAGCAGAGUGAGAGGAAAGAGCUGCAAGAACGGCGGAGGCGAGAGGCCAUUGCUGCAGCCACUUGCUUAACAGAAGCCCUGGUUGACCACUUGAAUGUAGGGGUGGCGCAGGCCUAUGUGAACCAAAGAAAGCUGGACCAUGAAGUGAAGACGCUGCAGAUCCAAGCUGCUCAGUUUGCCAAGCAGACAGGCCAGUGGAUCAGCAUGGUGGAAAACUUCAAUCAGGCUCUGAAGGAGAUUGGUGAUGUGGAAAACUGGGCACGUAGCAUUGAGAUGGACAUGCGGACUAUUGCCACAGCCCUGGAGUAUGUUUACAAAGGGCAGCUGCAGCCAUCUACCUCCUGAAAUGGACAACGUCCUGCUGAACUUUGCCACCUGCACAGCUUGGAUUCCUUCUCUAACUCUAUGUUGCCAGCUGAGGGCAGUAAAGUAGCAAAUUCCUUGCCCGGAAGCCCUUAUUAAACGUCAGUGGCUGCCUGCCUGCUUGCAGCAGUGAAUGAGAUCUGCCCCCACCCCCACCCAGCUGCUGAAAGGGAUGUUGGGCUGUGCUUCUGCUGAGCAGGUGCUAGUGGUGUCUGGCUCUGGGGAAUCAAAAACAAACAUUGAUUCAGGAAAAAACACACAACACAAUGAAAGGUGAAGGGUUGUGCCUCUUUCAGACCAUCUUUUUCUCUCUCCCUCUGGUGAAGCUAGAAAGAAUGGAAUAAAACGGAUGGUUUAAACAGA